UUCAAUAACUUCAUCAGUCACGUGAAAAUGACCGGAAUCGUUGGAUGGUAUAUCCUUAUUUUUCUCCAUUUUCUGGAAAAUUAUCAAUUUGUUCUCGCUGCUGGAAAUGGUUCGGUGGUAGUGACCUUCCACAAUAUCCAUAAUAUUCUCAACUCCAACGAACUAGUGUUACUCAGUUUUUACACAGACUGGUGUCGUUUUAGCCAGUUAUUGCAGCCUGUUUUCGAGGAGGCUGCCACGGAGAUUCAUCGCGAGUUCCCUGAACCAGGUCGGGUGGUUUUGGGCCGCGUUGACUGCGACGAGGAAGAAGAUGUGGCCAACAGGUUUGAUAUUACCAAGUACCCCACACUGAAGGUGGCCAGGAAUGGCUUUGUUGCCAAUAAGGAAUACCGUGGCCAGCGCUCCGUACAAGCCUUUGUAAAAUUUGUGGAAAAGGAGCUAUCGGAUCCGAUCAAGGAGUUCACUUCGAUUCGGGUCCUGAAAAGAGCUGAAGCAGGCGAUGGCCUGGUGGUCGGAUAUUUCGAGAACAAGCUCCAUCCGGAGUAUGAUACUUAUCGCAGGGCAGCUAGCUUGCUGCGUUACGAAUGCAAAUACAUGGCGGGCUUCGGGAACUUUACCAUAAAUCUGCGACCACCCGGAAAAAACCUUUUGAUUUUCCGUGCUGACGCAUCCACUGCCAACCACAGGGACUACUACAGUGAGUACUCGGGCAACAUGACCGAUUUCAAAGACGUAGCCAACUGGAUCGAAGAAAAGUGCAAGCCUUUGGUAAGGGAGCUCACAUUCGAUAAUGCGGAGGAAUUCUCCGAGGAAGGACUUCCCUUUGUGAUUCUGUUCUACAAUAAGCAUGACAUGGGACCCAUUCAGGAGUUCAAGGCCGUUGUUCAAAGCGUCCUGGCAAAGGAGAAGAGGGUCAACUUCCUAAGUGCGAAUGGGAAGCUCUUUAUUCAUCCGCUGUUUCACAUGGGCAAGACCCUGAACGAUCUGCCCCUGAUCGCCAUAGAUUCCUUCCGACACAUGUACAGCUUCCCGCGAUUCGAGGAUAUCCACCAGCCGGGAAAGCUGCAAGAGUUUAUAAAUGAUUUGUUCAGCGGGAAAUUGCACAUCGACUUCCAUAGAGCCCUUGAGGAAAAUGAAGUGAAAAAGAUAGAUCCAGAACACUUUCCGCCGGUGGCCCACGAAUCCAAAUUUAAGGAACUUUUACCUUCAAAGCAUCGCUAUACUUUAAUCAAUAGAACCAGAGAUGAACUGUAAACACAAUUUAAACGCCAAAACUUUGUAUAAUAAAUAAUUUUUAAACUAGA